AUGGUACCGUCAAGGACGUCCAUAAUGAGGUUUUUUCAUAGCCAGCUUUUGAAGUACAUUUUGAUGGAAGAAGCUAUGGCCUGGUUCUCGACUCUUGGAGGCGGCUUCUCUUCUCUGGGGGAUUACUGCUAUAACGCUGCUGAUAUCGCUGGCAAGAUAUCCGUAAUCCAAUUAAAACUGGCCACAGAAAUGGAUUCACCUAUCAUGCAAUCAAAGGCCAAAUUGUGGUUUGCACAGAGUCUAAUGCAAAUGCACAUGCUUCGGGAAUCUGCUCGUAUUCUUCGGUCAGUUUACUUCAAAUGGAAGCCCCUAAUGACGUCCGAUAUGCCAUCGGAUAAACGAGUGGAUUUGAUGGCGGUCGGUCUUUGGGAAAGAUUGCGCUACUUUUGGUGCCACCAUCGAUCCAAACGGAAUGCGUCAUCGAAUACACCAAUCCCUCUGUCUCACAGGACAAACAAAUAUCCCUUCCUCGACUUAUCUGUCAUUCUGAACCGUUUACCUUGA